AUGUUUUCGAAAUUUAGUGUAUUUGAAUGCUUUUCAAUUAUUUCCAAAACCAUGAAUGAUCAAAAUGAUGAUAAUAAUAACGAUCAUUAUGAACGAAUGAUGAAAAGAAAAGUGAAUGAACGAUUGAAUGAGGUAUUGAAAAGGAAUAAUAUGUGUCUGAUCGAUUCAGAAGGAAUGAGUGAACAGUAUCAACAUGUUUCCCAAAAAAAGAAAAAUCAUCUUCAAUUGUUUCCAAGUUUACCAUGGAUGGUUGUGUAUGUGAAUGAUUUACCACGGGGAGCUCUUGUGGAGAUUCAUAGCUUUGCAUGGAUGAAAAAGUUGCAAUUACCAAGUGAUGAUGAUGAUGAUGACGAGGAGAUGGAACAGCAAUGGAACGACUUGCCAUCACUUGUUUUGAAAGAAGAUGUAUCUCUAAUGUCAUCAUUGUCCAAUGUUCAGACUGAGAAACAAUAUGGAGAGUUAAGAGCAACGAAUAUUCGAGUGUUAAGAUUGAGUCCUCAUUUACCAUUGCGACUCUUUUAA